UCCAAUUAUCAAAUGUUUAUUUGAUUUUUUGUAAGAGUUUUGGGGAAUUUGUUUUUAAUUAUAAAUUUUAAAAUUGAUAAUUAUAUUCCAAUAUGGAUGAUGUUAAGGACGUAACAUUUAUUGUAAAGUGGAGUGGAAAAGAAUUUCCAAUAAGCGAUUUGGUUGAACAAGAUACCGUAGCUAUUUUGAAACAUGAAAUUUAUAAAAAAACACAAGUCCGUCCUGAAAGGCAGAAGCUUCUAAAUUUAAAAUAUAAAAAUAAAUUGGCUGCAGAUGACGUACGUCUUAACCAAUUAGACUUAAAACCUAAUUUUAAAAUAAUGAUGAUGGGUUCAACAGAGCAGGAUAUAGAAAAUGCCUGUAGUAAACCAGACGGUUCUGAAGACGUUGUGGAUGAUUUUGAGGACAAUGAAGAAAAAGAUAUGCCAACAAUAGAAAACUCGUGCAUAUAUUUGAACAAAGUGCAAAAACGUAUAAAGGACUACGUUAUCAAGGAAAUUACUCCCCCAAGAAAAAAUAGACAUUUGCUUGUUCUUGAUAUAGAUUACACUUUAUUUGAUCAUCGAUCUACAGCUGAAACCGGAGCUGAAUUAAUGCGUCCAUAUUUACACGAAUUUUUAACUUCGGCUUAUGCGUAUUAUGAUAUUGUUAUUUGGUCAGCAACCGGUAUGAAGUGGAUUGAAGAAAAAAUGAAGCUUUUGGGCGUAAGUGCCAAUCCAGAUUAUAAAAUUUUGUUCUAUUUAGAUUCAAACGCAAUGAUAAGCAUUUAUACAACAGACCGUGGUGUAAUUGAUGUAAAACCUUUGGGAGUAAUUUGGGGAAAAUAUCCAGAUUAUUAUAAUUCAAAAAAUACAAUAAUGCUUGAUGAUAUCCGAAGAAAUUUUUUGAUGAACCCUAAAUCAGGUUUAAGAAUACGGCCUUAUCGUCAAGCCCACUUAAAUCGUGAUAAAGACUCCGAGCUUCUGAAAUUGAAAAAAUAUUUGUUGGAUAUAGCAGAAAAUUGUGAUGAUUUUAAUACGCUGAACCAUAGAAAUUGGGAAAAUUACGAUCCAGGAAGAUUAUAGUGAUAUAAUUAAAGAUUGAUGCAGGUACCUCUAAUAUCAAGCAAUUCGCCUCUGUUAAUGUAUAAUUAAAAUUAUUUGUUUGAUAACAUAGGAAAAUAUUUGAAUCAAAUAUGUAAAUAACAUGUACUUAAAGCUUGAAUUUACUCCAUAAUAUCAUUUUAUUUUUGUAUUAUUUUCUGAAAUUUUUGCUUUAUUGAAACAUCAAAGAAUGCUUUAAAAAAUAAACA